CCUCCUCCUCCUCUUCCUCCUCCCUCCCUCUCCGGUCUUCCAUAACCCUAGCCCUCGAUAGCCGUGUCGGCCGAAGGCGGCACCUGGGACCUGCCCGCCGCAUCGGCCGAAGGCGGCACCCGGGACCUGCCCGCUCCUGGCCGCACCGGCUUGCGAGGCCCACGGGGCGCGGGCGCGGUGGCCAUGGAGUUUAUCCUGGGCGGUGCGGCGGCCUCGCUGUUCACGUACAACCGCGCCAACUUCAUGUUCGACAAGACCCAGCAGCAGGAGCGCCUCUUCACAGGCCAGGAGAUGCUCGUAAAGCAGUUCGAGCUGUACCGCGAGGAUGUCCGGGACCUCAUGGAGCUGACGGUGGCCAAGAUGGACAACUAUCUCGUGAUCAACGUCAUACUGCUGACGUCCGCCGUGCUGCUCAUGAGCGAGGGGCGGCCAGAGCCAGAGAUGUCGCCCGAGUGGCUGCACUGGCUGUAUGCCAUCACCAACGCAGGGGCCAUGCUCUACAUCCUGCUCAGUGUUUGGCUCGGCAUGCACGCUUCGAUCGCGGCGCACUCAUUCGGGGUGCGGAUGUUGACGCAGUACGUGCGGUUGCCGAUCCCCACCAAAGAGCAGAUGGAUAUCGGCAGGGCGAGAGCGAACCAGUACGAGGAGCAGGAAGUCGGAGACAUGUUCCGGAUCCCAGUGCUGAAGUUGCAGGCCAAGCGGCUCAACGCCGUCAUGAACAACGACACCAAUCAGGAGGACGACGAGUCCGAGAGUGGCGAUGCCCCAACGAGUAGGCGAGAGCAGGCAGCGACCGUCGAGCACAUUCAGCGCUUCCGUGAGUUGCAAGCGAAUUGGCAGGCCUAUGACGCAUACACGCGGGUGUGCAUGGCGAUGGGUACGAAUCAGCUGUUGCAGGCCACCAGCUAUUACUGUCUGACAAUGCUAAUAUGUGAGAAUCACACACCCUCCCGUGCCGCAGUUGUCGUUGUCAUGGCGAUGAGCGCUUGGCUCAUCAUCCGAUUGGACGUCUGCAUCUCGCGGAAGUUGUUGGCGUUGGCGGCUUUACUCUUGUUCUUUGGGCCAACAGCGGCGAUGGCAUGCCUCCUUCUGGAUCCACAGUAUACGGAUUACGACGUGCCAGAUGUUUGGAAGAGUUUGGGGGAUUACAUGGUGCCCCUUGUGUUUCUCACCCAGUUGGCCUGGGUCGGCUUUGUGGUGUACCUGGCGUGGGGGAAGAAUGCCGACGGCGUCGUGCUUCCCAUCAAGUUCCGGGCCGUGCUCUACCUCGACGUCUUCGGCAGGCUCUCCCAGACCCCGGAGUCGGCGGCGCAGGGCCGCGCGCGCGACCGCCUGGAGCGGAUGGCGUCGCGGGGCUCCGCGUGGCAGGAGCCGUCGGGCUCCCCGCGGUCGCCGCCCCCGGGCGCGGCGAGCGAUGGCCCGGAGGGCUCGUGGGGCUCCGCCCGCUCGGGGGACGCCGCCGCGCCCGCUGCCAGGCGCGCGCACCUGCAGGGCCUCGCGGCGCACUGCCGGCGGCGCCUCGCCGCGGUGUCCGACGACCUCGGCAAGUGGGAGGGCGACGCCGUGGCUGCCUGCCUGACCGAGGACGACACCACGGUGCUCGAUGACGUCGCAAGCCUGCGGACGCUCCUGGAGUCCAUAUCUGGAGACAUCCAGCAGGCCACCCCAGCCGGCACUCCCAUGGACACGCCGCUGAGCGAGGGCGCGCGCCUGGAGAACGAGCGCAGGCAGGUGCCCCGUGCCGAGUGCUCGAGCUCGAGGGCGCGCGGGCGCGCGGGUGCACGUGGCCGAGCUGCAGGGCCAAGUGCAGGAGCUGCAGGAGCUGGCGGCGCAGCACGCCCAGGCGACAGCCAGCGCUGGCGGCGGCCCCAGCGCCGUCGCGGCGCCCGCCGCCGCGGAGCCGGGGGGCGCCGCGCUUGGCGCGAGCUUCUACCCGCAGGCCGUCGGCGGCAGCGCGCCGCGCCGCCGCAAGCCGCCGGGGCAGAUGCCGUGGAGGACUUUCUGUCAGGGCAGUUUCUGUCUCAUGGCCGUGUGGGCCUUCGGCGCAGCGUGGUUCUGCGGGAAGCUGCUGAGCGGGAGCCGCCCGCAGACACUGGCGCCGCACGCCAAGAACAGCACGCAGUGGCCGCGUCGGGUCACGGUGCCGCCCAAGCUCAUCUUCGCGGGGCCUUGGCCGCACGAGUUCUUCAGCCCCAAGGGGCUGGCCUGCUACGCCACGCCGGGGGGGCUCUCCGCGCUGGUGCUGGAGACCUACGCCGUGCACGAGCUGCGGCCCGGCGCCGCGCGCACGCGGCCAGCGCUGGCAGAGUGUCUCAGGUCCGCCCCUGGCUUUCUGGAGGGCGGGCUCCGCGACGUCGCCGCGGGCUGCGACGAAGGCGCGUGCUGGGCGCUGCUGCUCAGCGCCACUGGGAGGAGCGCGCUGCGCUGCGACCUGAGCGGCGGGCCAGGCGCGCUGCUGGAGCUGCUCGGGGGGCCCUGGCUUGCCGUGGCGGCUGGGCGCGCCGGGCAGCUCUGGGCGCUGCCGGACGGGGGCGGCAAGCUCACCCGCCUGGGCUACCUGGCGGGGUCCGACCGCGUGUUGGCGCCGAACGGCGAGGCGGACGACGCCGCAGGCGCCGUGAAGGUGCACGCCUCGGAGGGGGUCGUGCUCGGCAUCCAGGAGCCGGGCAGGCGGCUGCACGCCUGGCGCUCCGGCGGCCAGCUGCUGCAAUCGUGGCGGCUGCCCACGGUCGCCGACUGGGCCGGGGUGUGCGCCGUGCCCGGGCACGAGCUACUCUUCGUGGGCGCCGCGGUCGAGGGCGGGUCGGCUGGCAUUUGGAGUGUGGGCGAUCCGCUCCAAAGGUCGGAGACGGGCAUUCCGCUCGAGGUGUAGGCGGGGCAGAAAAGAUACCGUCACACGACGUUCGCAGCCGCCACCACGCACAGCGUAGUGGACAUUCUUCUGGGUAGGUUCGCGAGCGCGGGACGCUCAACGAAUAAUGUACAUUAUGUUUCGAGCGAAGGACCGCAUGCCUUGGGAUAAGUGUGUGUGCGGGCUCCUGUGUGGCAUUGCCUUGCGCGCUUGUCUGAAGGAGGAGGAGC